AUGCAUUUGAGUUUUAACAAAGCCACGCCUUCCUUAGACGCUGAUGUGAACGCCUUCAUCACCGAAAUCGCUACUAAUAAACAUGUUCCUAAAGAGAUGGGGUCUCUUUGGCAAGACAAAUAUCUUCCAGGGAUACUACAAUGGUUGGACGAACUUGUUAUAAAAGGAACUACAGCGCCCCAUGAUAAUGAUGAUAAUGAUGAUAAACUGUUCAUAUUCAUUGAAGACACCAGAGGAACUAAUGUACCUUCAGAAAUCAUAUACCAAAGUAAGAAGAUAAAGCUUCAAUUAGAGAUGCACUUUACAAGGAACCCUCCCUUUACAUUACUUAGAAUAUGUGAAUUGGUGGCAGAUCCUAUCAAAGCCGGUUAUGAUAUCAAUAAAGGUAAUCUUGUGAUUCUUAAGUUCUUUAAUUCGCUUGCCAAGCUAGUGGUUGUGUCUUCAACCUUGAAUGAUUUCCCACCAGAAACGUUUUCUGCCUUAUCCACCAAUGGUGAUGCCACCUCCAUUACUAAUUUGUCAAAUGGGAUAGAUAAGGAAAGUUCCUCAGUUACUAUGGUCAGGAUACCGUGGCUAGCAGAAGUAGAAAGUGAACCAGAAGUAUCUGAAGAUAGUAUUAUUUCAGAGCAAUUAAGCUUUCAACAAGAAUCCAAUACAGCAAUCGAUGAAAUUGAACAAGUGCAGGCUGAACCAAUGGGUGACAUACUUCCAAAUUCAAUUAGUGUUGAUAUUGAAUCUAAACCCACCAUUGAUAAUAUUUCAAGUCCUCCAAUAGAAAGUCCUGAAAGCAAUGAUGCUCAUACAAUUCCAACAUCGCCAGACUCUCCCUCUGAAGAAGAAGAAGCAGAAGCAAUAAAAGAAGCCCAAGUGGUUGAUUCCGAAAUAAAGAAAAGAAGUUCAUCAGAGGCUGGCCUUGAAGAACUGGAGGGCUCAAAAAGGUUUCUAUGA